AUGCCGUCAUUGGACCCUACUCCGGCCCAGAGAAAUGAUCAAAUCGAGGCAAAUUCCGACGAUGAAGCGGAUCCGGAGCUGGUAGAGCUUCUGCGCCAGCAUUUCGGACUGGGCGGGAAACCAGCUGAUGCCCCACCAGAUACUAGAGUGCUCGAGGGGGCUCAGUAUAUCUUUGACAAUGCCAUUGAUAUUGCUGUCAGCCACGAAUACACCAAAGAGGCUGCUGAAACUAUAUGGCGUCUGAUGCAGAAGAAAGAAUAUUCCACACAUACAUGGUCGGAGCAUGAACUGCACCCAAAGACCAAAGACGAAAGCACAGUCGAUUUCAUCUUCACGAUGGACUUGUUGAACUUCAGUUUCUGGUCUGCGGAGGAGGAAGAGCCAAAGCGUUUCUGUAUUGAGUAUCGUGGCAAGUUGUGGACUGGCUAUUGGAGUCUGGUUGCUGCAUUACAGAGAGCCCUCGAGGAAGGUAUUCCAAUCACAACUCCUGACUUCUGGGUGGACGAGGAGAAGUGCACGGACGAGGUGCUCAGACAUGUCUUCCGAUCUGCAACAGAUGAAGAGAUCCCGAUGUUCAAAGAACGAGUACAGUGCCUGCGUGAAGCGGGUGAGGUCCUUUGCGAGGAAUUUGGUGGUAGCUUUGUAAACUGCAUUGACAGUGCCAACCUCUCCGCUGCAGGACUGGUCAAUCUUCUGACUGAGAGCUUUGCCUGCUUCCGCGACGAGACUAUCUUCCACGGAAAGAGAGUGCGACUCUACAAACGUGCUCAGAUUUUGGUUGCCGAUCUCUGGGCUUGUUUCGACGGCGAGGACUUUGGUGAAUUCCACGACAUUGACAAGAUCACAAUGUUUGCAGACUAUCGUAUUCCGCAGAUGCUGCAUCAACUGAACUGUCUACGAUACGCACCCACAUUGGACAACCAUAUCCGUGAUCGCAAACUCAUUGAGCCAGGUUCAAACUGGGAGAUCGAGCUUCGAGGAGUCAGUAUCUGGUGUGUUGAAUUGAUCAAACGUGAGAUUGAAAAACGACACCCAGAAGUCAAAAUGAGCGGCAGAAAGCCCUCUAUUAAGGGUGUCUCAAACGAUAACGAGAAUAAUGAAACUGGAAACCCAGAUACGAACCUGGAGAUCGUGGAAAAACCGCGCAAGACAUAUGGGAUCAAUGCGAUUCUCAUUGACUUCUUCUUGUAUGAUACGAUGAAGGGUUUGGAGGCGGAGAAGAAUGAGUCUAUUCCUCAUCACCGGACGAGGAGCAUUUGGUAUUGA